CACGUCUGGGCCCCGCCACUACUGCUGCUGCGGCGGCUACCGGCAGCAGCAGCAGCGGCCCCGGCGGGGGCGGCGGUGCGGCAGCCGCUUCUGCUGCGGGGGCUGCCCCCAUGACCGUCAAGAGUGUGGUGAUGUACAGUGCCGCGUGGGUGCGCAGCCAGAGCAGGAUGGCGUCCACCAGCAACCAGGAGACGUUCCGCGCCGACAUCAAGGGCCGUGUGGUGCUGGAUGUGCUGCGUCAGGUGCUGACGGGGCAGUCGCUGGCCACCUUCACGCUGGUGGACUGCUGCCAGUCGCUGCUGGGCCGCACGCUCGAGGUGAUUGGACCCUUCCACCUCGCCAGGCUCUGGGCGGAGGCGCAGGGCAGGCUGCCGCUGUCUGCCGGAACCACAACUGCAGCUGUAACCGUCGCAGCAACCACCAUCACCCCCACCAGCAGUGCGGCCGGAGGCCAGCAGCAGCAACAGCAGCAGCAGCAGCAGCAGCAUGACGCGGCGGCGUCAGCGGCAGCACGUAUUGCGUCGUACAUUUUGCGGCGCGUGGAUGUGGUUGUACGGCUGACGAAUCGGCUGGCGACGCUGCCUGAGGCGCUGGAGAUGGCUCGCGUGACGGGGCUGACGCUGCCGCAGGUUAUGUACAACGCCCAGAUGAUAAGGACUUGGAGCUUGCUCCACCGCAACGCACACCGACAAAACUACAUCAUAGGUGGACGGCAAGAGGCGGGCAACCUGAUUGAGAGCCCCUUCCUCAUGCACCCCAUUGAGAACCGUACGGCAGGCCUGUAUCGCACGCCAGUCGCCACCCUGGACUUCGCCUCGCUCUACCCCUCGCUCUACCGCGCCCACAACCUGUGCUACUCCACACUCGUGCACCCAGACGACGUAACGCUCGUUGGUCGCGAGCGCUGCGGCUUCACACCCACGGGUCACGCGUUCGUACGACAAGAAGUAAGACAAGGGAUCUUACCCACAAUCUUAGCGGCACUCAUGACGGCGAGGACAGCGACACGAGCGGCGUUGAAAUACGCGACGGCGGCGACGGCGAAUGCGAG